UAUUUAAUAUGCGUUUUAUUUCAGGUAAAACGCUGCUAUUAUAGACGUAGGUAGUAAAUAGUGCACCAGAAGAAAUGCAGCGGAAAAGGAGCCGACAGAAAUGGAUGUGUCAAAAGUCCAUUCAAUUUCAUUAAAAAUGCUUCCAUGAUGAUUUUAAAUAAAUUGUUAAGAUGUCAAUGAAGAGUGGUAGAUAAUAUUCUACUAGGAGAACUUUGACCUAUAAGUUUCUUUUUUGGUAUCGUGAACCCUAGAUAAGUUUUUGUUUCACGAACCUUAGAUAAGUUUUUUUGUAUCACGAACCCUUGAUAGAAUUAACUGAUUUAAGACACGUGUAUUCUGUUCACGGUCAUGGUCAGGUCAUGGAGUUAUAGGUACCUACUACCAUUUGUUAGUUUAUGGAAAAGUUUCCAAAGAUAAGCGUAGGCUGCUUUGUCUUGACGUUAAAACCAAAUAGUCAUACUGACCCGAACUACUCAUGCGCCUACGUCACCACGACCACAAAGAAUGGCAAGCAAGGGUUCGGCCUGACUUUCACCUGUGGCCGAGGUACGGAGAUCAUCGUGCUCACCAUCAGGUCUAUGAAGAAGUUUAUCUUGGGGAAGAAUGCGGCCGACAUUUUCGCAGACUUCGCUGGAUUCUGGCGGACUAUUACAAACGACUCGCAAAUGAGAUGGAUUGGACCUGAGAAGGGUGUGGCACAUUUGGCUGCAGCGGCUAUUCUGAACUCGCUUUGGGACCUCUGGGCACGUCUCGAAAAUAAACCUCUGUGGAGGCUCCUUGUCGACAUGGAACCUGAGGACUUGGUUUCUACAAUAGACUUCCGCUACAUUACUGACGUGAUAACGAAAGAAGAGGCGAUUCAACUCCUGAAGGCCAAGCAGGCUGGCAAGGACGAGAGAGUCAAGUAUUUGAUGCAGAACGGAUACCCUGCGUACACCACACAAGUUGGUUGGCUCGGCUACAGCGAUGAGCUCGUGCAGUCACUAUGCGACAAGUACCUGAAACUGGGCUUCAAAUACUUCAAAGUAAAAGUUGGAGUAAACUUUGAAGACGAUUAUAGGAGAUGCAGCGCUGUUCGUAAGUGCAUCGGUCCUGAUAAUGUUUUGAUGGUAGACGCCAAUCAAGCAUGGAGCGUGAACGAGGCUAUCGAGUGGAUGAAAAAGCUAGCGCCUCUGAAACCGAUGUGGAUCGAAGAGCCGACCUCCCCGGAUGACGUGCUGGGCCAUGCUGCUAUAUCGAAGGCUUUAGCGCCGUACAACAUCGGGGUUGCGACGGGCGAGAUGUGCGCCAACCGCGUGAUGUUCAAGCAGUUCCUACAGAGCGGCGGCAUGCAGUACUGUCAGAUCGACUCCGCCCGCAUCGGCGGAGUUAACGAAAUACUCUCUGUUUAUCUCAUGGCUGAGAAACUUAAAGUGAAGGUAUGUCCCCACGCGGGCGGAGUUGGGCUCUGCGAGAUGGUGCAGCACCUGCAGUACUGGGACUUCGCCAGCGUGUCCGCCACCAUGCAGGACCGACUCAUCGAGUACGUCGACCAGCAACACGAGCAUUUUGUCGACCCUUGCAUUGUGGAAAAUGCUAGAUACAUGGCACCUAAGUUACCGGGAUACAGCACGCAGUUCUUGCCAGGAAUAUUGGACAAAUUCGCGUAUCCGAAAGGCAGUGAAUGGAAGCAAAUGAUCAAAGAUGGAAUCUUCCCGCCCCCUGAUGAAGCCGAAUUAGUCAAUGUUUAACGGAGACAAUACAAUUAAUGUAAAUAUGAAAUUUAAUGAACAAAUAUUUUUGAAUAUCUUU